AUGUUUCCAUCAAAUCGGUUUCUUUCACAGCAAACCCUAGCUUUCGACGAAUCGCAUACAGUUUCUUCUUCCGAGUCCGAUCGAAUCGCCAUGGCUGCUAAGAGUUCCUUCAAGCUCUCUAAUCCUCUCGAGGCAAGAAUGGGUGAAGCUACACGGAUCAGAGAGAAGUACCCUGACAGAAUCCCAGUGAUUGUUGAGAAGGCAGGACAAAGCGAUGUUCCUGAUAUCGACAAGAAGAAGUAUCUUGUGCCAGCAGAUCUUACCGUUGGUCAGUUUGUGUACGUGGUUCGCAAAAGAAUCAAGCUUGGAGCCGAGAAAGCAAUCUUCGUCUUCGUCAAGAACACAUUGCCUCCCACUGCUGCAUUGAUGUCUGCGAUCUAUGAAGAACACAAAGAUGAAGAUGGGUUCCUCUACAUGACUUACAGCGGAGAGAACACUUUCGGAUCUUUGAUCGUUGCUUGA